AGUUGGUAAGAGAAAAACAUUCUUGAUCUCUUGGACCAAAUUCUCUUCUUUUAUAAAUGCUGUUCAGUUAAAACUGAAAAUAUUAGAACUUAGGUAGAACCUAAGAGAUGCUAGAGAUGUAUCACCUUGGCUCCAAAUUGCUGCUCUCUCUUCUGGGUUUCACUCUGAAUUUCAGCCUGUUCUUAGAAGCAACAGUUUCCCCCUCUUCAGGGCCCCGAGUCAAAUCCAGCUACGCUUUUGGUCGGACCUUUUUGGGACUUGAUAAAUGCAAUGCCUGCAUUGGAACAUCAAUUUGCAAGAAAUUCUUUAAAGAAGAAAUAAGGUUUGACAGUUGGCUCUCUUCACAUCUAACCCUCCCUCCAAGCUCCCUCUCCCGUUACCCUGGAAACUAUUCAGAUGACAGCAAAAGUUGGCGGCCAGUUGAGAUCUCCCGAUUAACCACAAAAUACCAACAUGACCAGUCUGACGAGAGAAUUUGCACCUCCCUUACCCAGACUAAAAGCUGUAGCAUUGAGCGAGUUCUAUGGAAGACAGAGAGAUUCCAGAAAUGGCUGAAAGCAAAGCGCCUGACCCCUCUCUUGGUCCAGGGCCUCCGUACACCAAUGCUUCACUGUCCAUCACAGAGACUGUUGGACCGAAUAGUGCGGCGAUAUGCUGAAGUGCCAGAUGCUGGUAGUGUCUAUAUGGACCAUUUCACAGACAGGGAUAAACUGCGUCUCCUCUACAUGCUGUCUGUUAACACACAUCCCAUUAUGUUACAGAUUUUUCCUGGAGCAGAAGGAUGGCCCUUUCCAAAAUACUUGGGAUCCUGUGGCCGUUUAAUAGUAACAACAAGUACUAGACCUCUGAAGGAAUUUUAUGGCUCAUCUUCUGUUGUGACAGCAGAUCUAGCUCUUCAGCUCCUCACUAUUAUUGAUUUCAUGAUGAAUAAUGACCUGAACUAUUUCUUCUACUUUACUCAUGUUGAUGCUGACACAUUUGGUGUUUUCAACAAUGGACAACUCUUUAUCCAGGAUGCCAGCAUGCUAGGAGUCAUUGACAAACAAGAAGGCAGAGACUUGAUGAACAAACAACAAAAAUACAAGGAUAUAUUUAGCUGUUUGGCUGCGGAUUGUGAAUCUGUGCUCCCCUCCUGUAGUUCCAUCAAGGAAAGCCAGAGCCUCAUCAUGGUAUGUGAAAAGCUUUUGCCUAACCUCUUAAAAGAAAAAUUCCAAUCACCUCUGCAGGAGAAGAUUGACAGUGCUCUGAAUAUCUGUGCAGACAGUUUUCUUACUGACCAAGAGAUUAUCACAGCCACUCAACUGCUUGUAGAUAUUUUGAAACCUCUGCAGAUUUGUGAUUCCCGCUUUGUUUACCGAUAUCCUGACUGCAAAUAUAGCACAAAAGUCUAAAAUAAUAUUUUCUUGAAAUGUUGGUGCUAUAAACUAUAUGUUUCUUCUGCAAUGGAAGUUAGAAGAAUGGACUCACCCAGCAAAUUCUUCAGAAUAUGAGCACUGCAUUUGUACUGGACAUUCACUGUCUUCCGGAUUAAAACUCUAUGGCUAUUUGGCUCACAAAGUUAGAACUGUAGUAUCCAUGUGAUUAUAUAUGUCAAAGCUACGUAUUAUUGGUCUUAUUCUAUCAUUUCGUAUUUAUUUCUACUUACUGAAUUACUUCAAGAAGAUGUAUUUCUCUCAAGGUGGUUUGGAGAGCCAACAUCUUUUCAAAGAUACAUUGAUCCUUUCUUAAAGCAUUUCCUGCUUCCUAUCCAUUCUAUUCAACCAUUCAAAACAACUGUAGAUUAUAUUCCAAAUGAUUUAUGCAAGAUCAUUUAUUCCACUCAGGAUAGCAGCCUCCCCAUUCUAUCUAUAAAAAUAGUAAAAAAAACCCACAAAACCCCACAUCAGAAGGAUAAAACUACACUUGAUCU